AUUCACUGCAAGGCCAGAGGUGAAUCAAUCGGUGUUUAUUCUAAUUUCUCACCUUCAUCUUUUUAUCGCAACUCAUCGAUUGAUUCCGCUAAUUACCUCGCACAAGUCAGCACGUGUGUGAGUCCAGAAUUUUUCCUCGAAUAUUACACAUUACCGGAAUUCCUGAAGAUUUCAGGAUUUGCUGUUCUGUGAGAACGUUUGAAAACCUAUAACACAAGCUUGCCUGAGCUCAAGGGUCAUUAUGAAUUCUGAAGGACAUGACAAAAGCAACGGAUGUGAAAGUGUUGAAGCAGAGGAGAUUCAAAUUCCUGUACCUUGGGGCCACAUAAGCGGAAAAUGGUGGGGCUCGAAGAAGGAGCCUCCAAUGAUCGCGUUGCACGGUUGGCAGGAUAAUGCAGGGACAUUCGAUAGAUUAGCACCCCUGAUUGCCAAUAGUGUCCCAUUGCUUUGUAUUGAGCUACCUGGGCACGGAUACUCGUCUCAUCUACAUGAUGGCGUGUUUUACUACGUAUUUUGGGAUGGGGUCAUACUCCUCCGUAAAAUCGUUAAACAUUACAAAUGGGAUAAGAUAAAAAUUAUGGGACAUUCCUUGGGUGGUGCCAUAGGAUUUUUAUAUGCCGCGACUUACCCAGAUGAAGUUGAUCUUCUCAUCUGCUUGGACAUUGCCAGCACCACAGUGAGAGACAUCGGCCAGUGCGUUUCUAGCACAGGUGCCUUUAUCGACAAGUACCUGAAAUAUGAGAAAUUAGAUCCAGAGAAUAUGCCUUGUUAUGAUUAUGACGAGAUGCUUGAUACUGUUAUGGACGCCUAUAGAGGUUCGAUUACGAAGGAGGGUGCCAAGGUGCUGAUGAAGCGAGGAACACAACCGGCAUCCCUGCCUGGCAAGCAUUAUUUUACGCGGGAUCCGAGGCUAAAGGUGUCAAUGUUGGGAGCCUUCUCCAUGGAUAUGACGAAUGCUUACGCAGAAAAGAUAACAUGUGCUUACCUGAACAUAAGAGCAAAAUCAGGUCUCAAGUGGGACUACCCGAAUCAUUAUCAAGAGAUUCUCAAUAUAAUUAAAAAAUCAGCAUCGAGAUUCGAAUAUCACGAAGUUGAAGGCAGUCAUCACGUGCACUUGAACAACCCCGAGGUCGUUGCACCGAUAAUCCUAAAUUUCCUGAAAUCUUCUUCAAAGUAGGUCAAUUUGUGGAGCGAUGUCUUGAGCAUUGUUCGGUCUAGCAAAUCAUUUUUUACCAGGCGUUAAGUUAUUCUUAGAUGAAAACUAAUGGGGAACUGAAGAAAAUGGAUUAGAUAGAGAAAUUGAAAAAUCUUCUAACGUCACAUCAAUUGUUACCAAAUAAUGUUUCUGAUCCGAACCUGGCAAAUCAAUUUGUCAUCAGCCUCAGCGAUGAAGCCUCAUGAAGUUGCCGCCAUCACCAAAUUGUUUCAUCAUUCUAUUGUUGCUGCUCAUUCAAUAAUUGUAACUGAAAGAUUAGCGGUCCAGUGCAACUGAAUAUCGGUAUUUCAUGAGGUUUCCCAUUUUACUGAUCUGCUAUUAAGGCUACUAAGCUGAUGAUCAGAAACUAUUAUCCUGGUUAACACCUAUGUUACGAAGUGAAUUAAUUAAUUACAGAAGAUUCGAUGUUUUUCUUUAAGCUUUUUAGUUGAUAAGCUCUCGAAGUGUACAAUUUUUUGUCAUGAGUCCCCAUACAAUUACGGUUAAUAUAAUUAUCAAAUAUGCCAACAACUUAUUCGAACAAAUUUAAAUAUAUUUCUCGGUUUAAAAAAAUCAUAAAAGUUGUUUGUUAUUAUAGGUAUUUAUCUCGUUUGUAGAAAUUGAUAAAGAAAAUACAAGUACAAGAGUGACCUCUUGAAACGGAAAAUUAUGACUUGUCGUGUCUAUGGGUCUUGCGCAAUAAUGUGUGACCUAGAAAAAGGAAUAAUGGAGAUAUAAUUGAUUGACGUUACUUUGAUGCUAUUCAUUUUUGUAAAACUUGAUGACAAUUGUUUGCUUUCCGGAUUAUGGAAUUAUCGACAAAUUAUUGGGAGUACAUCAAAAUCUGUUUAAAGUGCAUGAUUUUUUUAAGGCUAAAAAAUUUGUAGAUAUUGAAGAUGAAGAAAAAAUGCGAACAAAUAAAAUGGUUUCCUGAAUACUA